GCAGGCAGGAGGUGUUUGAAAACCAUGUCAGCUCCUCCAGUGAUGUAAAGAAGGAUCUCUUACUCUUUUAUUCAAUUUUUGCCUCCCGAUCAGCCGCGGACAUGCGCUCUGUAACUCACUGCUGCGGGAAGCGUUUUUUCGCGAGCGAUGCGCUGGAUUUAAGUGUGGAUUUGCUCCAAGUUUUCCUCGCUGCCCGGCAGAACUCAUGAAACCCUCUUCAGAGCGACGGGUUUAUGGACUCGCGUAUUAGCUAAUGAUGUCUAUGGGUUUCAUGCCUGACAGUCUGAAUGCCUCAGAUCCCGCCAAAUCGGCCUUCCUAGAGUUUGGCCACGGACAUCCGGCGCACCAGCAGCACUCCUCCGGACUCUCUCACAUUUAUCCCGUUCAUGGCUUGCAUGCUGCUGGGCAUUCCCAGCACGAAAGUCCUUUUCCCGGCAGCGCGUCCUAUGGCCGCUCUUUGGGCUACGCCUACCCCGGCACGGUGAACACUCAUCCCCCGUCUGCUUACAUGCCCUACCAGCACAGCAAUCACAGCAACGGCAGCAGUCUGGCCCACAGCAGAUUAGAGCAGACAGAUCGCGAGAAGUCCACGGUGAUCGAGAACAGGGACCUUCGUCUAAAUGGCAAAGGGAAGAAAAUCCGGAAGCCUCGGACCAUCUACUCCAGCCUGCAGCUGCAGGCGCUGCACCAGCGCUUCCAGCAGACCCAGUACCUGGCCUUACCCGAGCGCGCCGACCUGGCGGCCAAACUGGGACUCACCCAGACUCAGGUGAAAAUAUGGUUUCAGAAUAAGCGCUCCAAGUAUAAAAAGAUCAUGAAGCAUGGCAGCGGAUCAGAGGGAGAACAUCUCCACAGCACUAGUUCCAUCUCGCCCUGCUCGCCCGGGCUGCCCCAGCUCUGGGAGGUCUCCAUGGCGAACAAAGGAGCCCAAAUGCACCCAAACAAUUACAUGAACAGUUUUGGUCACUGGUAUCCAAACCACCACCCUCAUCAGGACGCGAUGCCCAGGCCUCAGAUGAUGUGAGCGGAUUGUUUUGUCGGCGUGGCGCAGGCCAGGUGCUCGGGCCAGACUACACUGAGCCUGCUCUCAAGGCCUCUUCUCCGAACUGAUUUGAGUUCAGAUGUGUGUUUGAUAGAACUUCCGUGUAUUUCAUGUGCGUUUUGAAUUCAGUUGUCGCUGCAAAAUUCAACCAGCCAUUAAUUUUUUUUUUUUUUU